GUCAGGAGGAGCUGAUGUGAGCGCUGCAUCAAGUGCGCGGCGGUGAUGCUCCCGUAUAAAACAGCCCGCUGUAUUUUGGCACAGAGGGGGAUGCAUCAGUUUAACCCUCGGCUCUGCCCUCCGGACUCGCCCAUACAGUAUUCAGCCUAGAUAAGUUGAGGGCAUGUGUGGUUUUAUUGUGAGGAAUCCUGCCGCACGAUAUUCCUGAGGAUCUCUCUCUUGUUCGGUUUUUUUUUUUCUUCUCCUCUCUUCAACUUCGAUGGCUUGAGUGGCCCAUUUGCACUCAUGCUUGCAGCCGAGGAGGGAUGUAAGGUACGGGCCAUCUACCGCCCUCACAUUGCACGGAGUAGCGGCGUGAUUCAGGUCGCUAUCUGAGUGCCAAUAAGCAAAGAAACUACUUUCGAGAUGUGAAUUAUCGAGAUUUGCUACUCAUUCCACCGGCUCGCCUGUCCUAUGCUACCGACAACGGGAUUUCAAGAGGAAAAUGAUUGUGGCAUAAACUAUUUCUGGAGACGCUUGUCACAGAUAUCGCCGCUGAACUGGACAGGGUGGAUGGUUAUUUCCCAAACAGUUCAAGCCUAUGUAUACUGCAUUCAUUUGUUGGAAUCGCUGCCUAGUAUCUUCGAGAACAGCGCAAGAGGAAUGCUGGUCCAAGAUCUAAUGCCAUUUACUUUAAGUUUUUGGCCUUUUUUCUUCGGUCAUUGCCUUCUUUCACUGUUUUUACUCUCAUGCCAGGGAGAACUCCAGAGGUCAUGCUCACGGACUGUGGCGGAGAAAGUUAGUGAACAGUGCCAGCUGGCAUGCCACUGUAGAAGAUACCCUCCCCUUCCCCCUCCGCCGCCUCCACCGCCUCCCCCACGGCUACUGGGCACCACAGUGGCAGAGCCCAUGGUGCCUUUGUUGAGGCCAUGGUGGAUGGAGAUGGACCUUAUAGUGCUUGGAACAGUGGGCUGUGCCUCAGUCGUCUUCCUCCUCUCAGCCAUCAUCAUCUGCUACAAGGCCAUCAAGAGGAAACCACUACGAAAAGAGGAGAACGGGACAAGUCGUGGGGAAUACGCCAUGAGCAUCCGUAACAAGAAGGCCAUGGGUACGAACAACACUGUGGUAUAGACUGUCUCCUGCUAGGCGCAGGAAGUGACAUCACCAUAACCGUCUGUCACCUUACCUCCCCCCCGAAUACAACGAUCCCUUCUCACCCAGAAUGCAACAGGGUUUUACCCAAGGUUUUCAAAUAGGUAAACCUUCCCUUUUUGCUUGGCAUGUUGCCCGGACUGAAGACACCAUUCAGCUCAAGAGGAGCUGCAAAAGAUGGAAGGGAGAGGAAAAAAAAGUCAAACCAGAAAGGAUGGAGAGAGAAAUCCACAAACCCCCAUGGUGUCGAAAGUGGCACAGCAGGCUGAACAUUAUGCUCUUAGUAACAGCAAGUGUUGCUGACAGGCUGGUUGGCUGCUGGCUGGAGAGGGACUGUCUGCCAGUCUGCUGCAGAUCCAGACUUCACACACUGUUGACAUCUGCAAUGGAACAACAGACAAUACAGCAUCCCUGCAGUCCCACGGGUGGCCAGACAGGACAAGCCCAUCACACACAAUAAAUAACUUGCAUGCAGUUUUUACAGAGAAUGCAACAUUUUUUUUAUAGUCCGAUCCCGACACUGUCCAUCUUUGGUUCUCCAUUUUUUUUUUGAGACAGAUGCUUUGUGAGAGGCAUGAUGUUCCUGUCGGCCCUGGCUCUGAGAUGUGGAUUCAUCUGACUAUGCAAUUUAAAGAAAUCCAUAUAUUAAAAAAAAAAACAGGAGCAACAACAUCAACAUGGGACAUUCUGGUUAUUUUACCAUGCCAAAAAUGCCACUGAAGACUUAGGCUCAAUGUAAUAUACUCCAGUCAUUCAUCAGUUUAUUUGCUCCAUUUAUUUACUUAUCUACUUUUGAAUUUAUUUUUCUACUUAAAAGAAAAAAAAACUGUCUUGUAAGUUACUCACAUCUUUCUCAAACAUCUUAAUGAAUUCAUUUUAUUUCUUGAUAGCUCUGUUUUUUAAAGUGAAUAAUUUAUAAACCAUAUAAUUCAUUUGUGAUGCUCCGAUGCUUUAAGCCUGCUGUCAGUUUGUUGAGACACUGAUGCAGAAAACGUGCUUGCUCUGCAAAGAGUUUUGGUAUCAGUUGUUUUGUCUCUGGGUGUUUGAUAUGCUUUUCUCUGUUUUCCCGAGACCUCAGCUAAAAAAAAAAGUCAGGGGUCUCUAUGAUGUGCUAUGUGAAUGUGUGUUUUCCAAACAUUAUUUCUGUGCUGCAUCAUAUGCCAGUCCCCAUUUUUGAUUUGUUAUCUCAAUGCAAGCCCCCCCACUACAAGUUAAACCUGCUAUCACAAGUCGUUUGGUUAAAUCUUGUUGUUUCAGUCUUGGGGUCAGCGAGAUGCCUUCAGCCAUGCUUUGUUUGGAUUUGACAAUCUUCAUUUUUCUGUCUGUCAAGAAGGGCUUAGCCCAUCGCUAUAGAAACAGGGGACAUGAGCCCAGGGCUGACCUUGUGACUGGUGAGAGACAGGAGACUUAGCCAAUAGCCAGAGAUCAGGUUGCACAGAGGAUGGCCUCAGCAGGGAUGUGUGUGUGUGUGUGUGUGUGUGUGUGUGUGUGUGUGUGUGUGUGUGUGUGACUCAGUGCUGUCACAGGCAUCCUCCACAUCCCCCCUGGAAAAACACAACUGAGCUGAACUGGAGCAUCACUCAACGCUGCUCUGCUUUUAUACAUUAAAUCUGCGUGUGUCUGUGUGUGUGCAUGCGUCAGUGUGUGUGUGAGAGUGAGUGUGUGUGUGUGUGUGUGUGUCUGUCUGUCUGUCUGUGAGUGUGCAUGCAGAUGAGUGUACUCAGUGAGAGUGGGCUGUACUCUGUGGCUGUCAGUUAAGUAUAGAUAUUGGCUAAACUGUGGAAAAAUUUGGAAAAACACAUGCUUGCAUCUAAACAUGCACAGAUAUUAACUAACAGUAUACCCCACCAUGUACCUAUAUGAGAGAAAUGAUGGAUGCAUGAAUGUAAAUAUUGAUAUUUAAAUAUCUGCCUUCUGGACUGUUAAUUAAUGUACAGUGUAACAGAACAUAUGUUUAUACAUAGUAAAACUUAAACAAUGUGCUACCAUUUAGAAUUAUGUCAAUGUUGUCAUGUUGAUGGAGCAAGCCAUUAAUGUAUAUAUGGCAAUCAAUAGUACACACACAAUUUAUGCAUUAUACCAAACAGAUAGAAAGAUGUGCAUAAGUUGAUUUCAUUGCUGAGUUUUUCAGUUGUAAAUAAAACUGUACAUAACAACAUAGCUACAGUCUAUUGUGUUUAAAAAAAAAGCUACAUGUGCAGAUAUGACACUGUUGUUAUGCUAUGGCAGACAACCUGUACCUGUGUGUGGCGAAAGGUGAUA